CGGUAGGUGGCGCUGUGUCGUCACAAGCACCGGUCGUUGACCAAUCAUUGACGCAUCCGGUGGUUUGAACAAUAAGCGGGUCCGGCCCAUUCACGCCGCAAAAAUAAUGAAGGAGACACAAAAGAAGAUUUAUUUCGCUAAAAACCAUGGCGGCGGAUUUAAAACGGUUGUUUAGUUAGGCCGAGUUACGGUGAAUUUAGUCAGUCACUGUUUGCGAGUUGUUCAGUGUCGUUUGGUUAGCACAGUUAGCAUAGCCUUAGCAUAGUUCUCGUCUGGGUGAGUAACACCAGUGUCUCUUGGCUCCGUUAUAGUUGAGACUUCAAACAUGAAGCCGGUCAAGUCGUUGUUUCUGAAGACGUACGGUAAACAGCGGAGAAAACUGCCCGCGUGGAUUUCACCUGAAAACCGCAAACGGGUCUUCGACAGCACCGACUCCACAGACGGUGACAUCUCCGUGUUUGAACCCGCAAAACCUGCGAGGACAAGAGAGAGGAGCACUAGUGUUGCAAGUCGUAGAGGAGCUCGUGCUGCCAAGAAAAAGGCCAUGCUAUGUCUGACAGAGAAGACCUGUGAUGAAGAGAAUUUCAACAACGAGGAGAACAUCGUCAUCCCCUCUCCUCCUCAUCCUCAGGCGCCUCAGCAGAGCGAGACGACAAGAGGGAAGAAGACUCGUGGUUGCAGUGGUAGAGUUCAUCCUGCCAAGAGAAAAGCUGUGUCCUCUCUGACAGACAACAGCAGUGACGAGGAGAACAUCGGCAGGCCUUUUCCUCAGUGCCCUCAGCCUGCUCAGCAGAGCAAGACAACCAGGAAAAGCCAGCUCACGUCUGUUCCAGGAGUUUUGAUCAGGCAGAAACGGCAGCAGGUUCCAGUGACCAGCGAGAGUGAAGAAGACUCGAGGGUUCACCAUCGUUCUGUGGGCCGCUUUGUAACUCGUCGCAGAUGUGGAGCUGUUGUCAAACCCAAACUCCAAAAAACUAUUGUCAGUAUACUUAACUCUUCAGAUGACUUCACUUCUGGAGCCAUUCGUUCCAAUGGUACCCGUCAGCAUAGGAAGAGGAGGAAGGUCCCUCCAGCGCGUUUGGUGUCGAGUGCGGAGAACUCAGUGAAUGAUGCAGGGACUUUCAGCUUUGCCACCAGCCCCCUCCGAGAGAUAUCCCUCAAUGAGUCGGCAGAUCGCAGUGUCGGACCUUCCCCCAGAAACCCCAUCUUUUGCUCUACUCCCUCAGCAGGAUCCUUCAGCAAACAUCCCCACCUUAAACCCAUCCCCAUUAAUGAUAAGUCCUCCUCUCCUCCAUCUAUGUCAGUGAGCUCUACAUGUGUCAUCAGCACAUUUAAGGAAGAUUUGAAUUCACCAGGGCAGCCUGUCUCUGAACCAUAUUCUGCACCAUCCACUGGACUCCACUCUGAGGGGAAGCUGCUGUCAAGCCUUGGUGAGCAAGUACCACACCUGCAUCACCACGAAGAGCUGUCUGGUGAUGUGUUAAUGGAACACACAAGCACAAACAAGAGGAGCAGCUGUAGCGAGGACGCUAAAAGCUACAGUGAAAAUUCAAAGACAAAGAAUGGCGAUGAAUUAUCAAGUUUAAUUCACCUUUCUUCAGGCAGUGAGAACAGCUGCGAGUUUGUGUCAGCAGCAGGAGGGCUGGAGUGGCUGAUAGAGGCUCUGAAGGAGCAAUGUUUGACCAAGCUCUGCACAGUGCAGCUGGAGAGAUUAGACAUCCUAACCAUGACUCAGCUCUGCAGUGAAACAACCUACUCAUCCUGUUUGGAACUUUUGAGCUCAGAUGACGAUCCACUGUCAGUGGACAGCAGUCAAACUCCAGCAUUUGAUCUCCAUUUGUCAGUGACUGACAAUACAACCAGAGAUCAUUUAGAGUUGAUAAAUAGCUUUGAGUCCACUGGACAGGCAGUAUCAGUGACUGACACUGCAUCAGUUGCCCGCGAGCAGCCGCCUGAAUGCUCAUCAGCAUCAGUGUUUUAUGAUGAAUCUACCCAAAACACCGAGAGCAGUGUUGAUUUUAUUAUGGACACACAAUUACGAGCCAACGGCCCUGUGAAAACACUGUUUACUGAAGAGAAAGCUGCGGCAGUAAAGGACACAUGUCUUGCAAAGAAGUGCACCAUUCAGCUUGAAAUAUUGUCCUUGCCACAAAUGACAAAGCAGGAGGAGUCACCUUUGACUUGUAAUAAUAUGUCUGAUAGUUUAGAUGCAGUCAGGUCUGAAAAUGACUACACGCAUAACAUUGAUGACCCAGAAGAUCUCACGUGUUCAGGAGAUGCCACCGAGGGAAUGACGGUGUCUGAUAGACGGUCAAUAAACAGCAGCCGCCGUCCAGUCGCUCAUACACAGUCCAGUGAUCCAGAAACAGAAGAAAAGGCCGCGGUUAUCUCAAUGCUGAAGGAGAAAUGUCUAUCUGUCAAACCCGCUGUUGAGAUAAAGAGAUUAACUUUAUCACAGUUGAGACACAAAAAGCGUAAAUCAUCCUCGGCCAUGUCCGACCCAGCCAGUGAUGAACAGAUAAAGAACGACCACCAGUCUGUAAGUGAUGCUAAUCUCUGUCACGGAAACACUUAUCUGAAAGUCAGUAGGAAAAAGUGGAGCUCGACCAGCUCUGAAGACAAGAUUUACUCAGACAAAGAAGUGGUAAAGAGCUCCUGUGACGUUCUGCCCAAAAGAAAAAAGUUGUCUCUGGCUCCGAGAGACAAGAAAAUGAGAAGCACUUCCACAGACCAACCUGGGACCACGAGGAAGGCGUGUGUGAGCGGCCUGAGUGUGAGUCGUUGGAAAAACAAAAGCAGCACACACACAAGGGCAGGCGAAGUGAAGCCUGUGGACUGCAGCAUCAACGAGCUGAUCUCCACAAAACACAAACAGCAGAGGGAGCUUGGAACAGUCAUGAAUUUCUCCACCCCGGUGAAAGCGAACCCGCUCAACCUCUCAUCUCUGCUGGCUGACUUCACACCAAACACACACACCUGGAGCCGACUCAAGGCCGCCCUCUCGGUUCAUCGCAAAGUGCAUCUCACUCCGAGGAGUUUACAUCUGUCUCCGGGGCGGACGGCUCUAGCAGAGCUCAGCCAGGAUCUCUUUGCCACACCCUUUCGGACGCUGCUCCCCAAACACCUCCAGUCACAGCUGUGCCAUGACACUCCGUGUGAGGACACAGAUCUGUCGGAUGCAGAGAAGGUGUAUGCUGAGUGUGGCCAGAAGCACCCUCUGCCCUGGGAGGACAGUAUUCUCCCUCACCGUAUGAAACGCUGUGUUAAGAUCGGGGAGGGAACCUUUGGCGAAGUCUUUUCCACCACCAACGCCUCAGGGGACACAGUUGCUCUCAAAAUAAUUCCAGUAGAGGGCAGUGAGAAGGUGAACGGAGAGACCCAGAAGAUCUUUGGAGAGAUUCUCCAUGAGAUUAUAAUCUCAAAGGAGCUGAGCAGCCUGAAAGAGAAGAAACAAAACCAGACUCACGGCUUUAUUGGACUCAAUGAUCUCCACUGCGUUCGAGGCUGUUACCCUCCUGAUUUCCUGAAUGCUUGGGACAAAUUUGACCAACAGAAAGGCUCCGAGAAUGACAGACCAGAUUUCUUUGAGAAGGAUCAGUUGUUCUUAAUCCUGGAGUUUGAGUUCGGAGGCGUCGAUCUCGAGAACAGCAAUGGAACGCUUGCAUCUUUGGGAGUGGCGAAGAGCAUCCUUCAUCAGGUGACUGCCGCCUUGGCUGUUGCUGAGGAGGAGCUACACUUUGAACACAGGGACCUUCACUGGGGCAACGUGUUGGUCAAAACAACCAAGCAGAAGACAGGGAGCUUCCUCCUGAACGGAACGGCCCACUCUCUGGAAACCAAAGGGGUGCUGGUCCGCAUCAUUGACUACUCCCUCUCCAGGCUAGAAAUCGAUGAUCUGACGGUUUCCUGUGACAUCUCAAAGGACGAGGAGCUUUUCAUGGGCCAGGGAGAUUACCAGUUUGAUAUCUACAGGCUGAUGAGACAGGAGAAUGGAAACAACUGGAGCAACUUCCACCCCCAUACCAACGUGCUGUGGCUCCACUACCUGUGCUCCAAGCUACUAUCCAUGAAGUACCGCAGCUCGGGAGGGAGGGGAGCCAAGGACAUUCGAGCAGCGCUCACUCGUUUCUAUGACAACGUCCUCCAGUAUAGCUCCGCCACCGAGGCACUACAAACCUGCCCCAUGUUUCAGUAGCACUGAACACAUGAAGUGUGAGGACGCUCAACCACUGAGUUUUCUUUUAGUGUUUAGGAGGUAGAAUGUAUGCGGGUCGUCGAUAGUCGACUUCCUUCAGCUGCCCACUCGCCCUUCAUGAUCUCUGAUAUGUAAAGUCGAUUAUUGAUUUCCUUUGUAACACAAUGACUGAUGGAGGUCACUUAAUGUAUAAUGUAACUGUCAUUCCACAAAGGUGGUUAAAAUGACCAUGUGAAAAUUGUGACUACAUCUGACUACAAGGUAUAAAUAAGUGUUUGACUAUUAUGUUUGAGAAAUACUAAAAUGUAUUUUGUCAGCAAUUCAUGCACAUAAUAAAUGACUGUAUGCCUUAUUGUUUGUUUUCCAUCACUAUUAAAAAAUCAGACUGUUUAAAA